UGAUUUUUUUCGAGACAAUUUUGCCAUUCUUUGAAACGCGAGUGCUCGGUUCCCAUCCUUUAAAAAAGGGUUAAUAAGAUAAAGUGCUGAAAAUUAAACAAAUCACGUGUGUGUGACCGGUGGUAAUAAUUUUUUAGUGUCUGAUUAUUACAUACUCUUAGCGCUCCAAAAAUAAGUGUGACAUGAAUUUGUAAUGUUUACAAACAUUGUUCAGAUUAUCUCGGACAUUAUUUUUAUUAUUGCAAUUACGAAACAUGGAACAACUGUAAUAAGAAUUAUGACUCAUUCAAUAAGAGUUUUCACGUCAAACACAAAUGGCAAUUUUACAAGCCCCGAACCACUUUUACGAAAGUUUGUUGCCCACAUUUAUAUUAUCAACAAUUCUCGGUGUCUUUCCCAUGUUUCCUAUCAAAAAAGCCGGAAAAUAUAGUCUCUACUCUUCGAAAAAAUUGCAUUUUAUUACAGUGCUGUUCCUUAUAAUUUACACGAUCUGUUUCAUUAUGACGAUCAUAACACGGUCAAAUAAUGUAGUGGGUGGGAAAUUCUACAAGAAACGUAACAAAGUCUCAAAUUUUGGACUAACUUUUGAGUUUAUUUUCGGCAUUAUUAUUUUAUACACAACUUAUUCCAUGAGCUUCGUUAAGAGAAACCAUGUGAGAGACGUGGUUCUCCAACUGAACAGAAUCGACGAAUUGUUGGCGAAAAUGAAGCAAAAAUUCCGCUACACGAGAGCCGUCUGGUACCAAUUGAUCAUAUUUUUCUCCGGAUUCUUGAUGAUUCUAAUAAUUGCGUCCAUGCAAAUUCAGAACAUUAGAAUCGAAAAUUUCCCGCCACUUUCACUAUUUAUGUGUAUUAUCUUUUUGUUCCCUUUGGUGAUUUUGUACGAUUUGAACAGCCAGUAUGGGUUUACAGCUAUUUUGAUUUAUGAGAGAUGGUUGGUCAACAAUUGGAAAAAAUUAAACUCAACCUGAAGGAACAACACACCAAAAAUUUGGCGUCUACUUUAUUAAAUGUAAAACCACCCAAAAACAUACAUUCCGAUAUUUUAAACAAAAUAAUGACUUUGAUGGAAAUCCACGAAACCUUAUGCAAGGUGGCAAACACCACAAACUCAAAUUACAACAUUCAGAUGCUACCAGCCAUAACGCACGAAUUUUUCAUCAGUCUUUACUCAAUUUUUUACUAUUAUUGGAUGCACUCGAGUAAACCAUUUUCUGCGAGCUGUUGGCUGGCUUGGGGUUUCCUAAAGUCGUACGAAAUUCUCCACGUUACAAUUUCUUGUCAUUUAGCAAGCCAACAGGCUAACAUUGUUGGGAGAAAAGUACACAAAGUUUUAAUAAGAACACAGAAUGACGAGAUUGAGGAAAAACUUUUAAUGUUUUCAAAGCAGGUACAGCACAGCAGCUUCAAAUUUACUUUGUGUGGGCUGUUCAAUAUUGACGCUGGAUUAUUAUUUAACAUGAUUGGUUCGUCAACGACAUUUAUCGUUAUAAUGAUUCAGUUUCAGGAAACAAUAACACCUACAAUUUGCGUUUCAAACAAAAAAGCAAUGUUUUAAUUGGCAAGAGCAACAACUAAUAAAUACUUGUUCUUUUUCUUGUAGAUCACCAAAAUAACACUUAAAACAAUUAUAUUAGUCGCUUCGUGUACAAGCAACAAUUU